CGAGAUUUGCCUCGUCCGCUUUCAGACUCCAUGAUCCACGCGCCGCGAUCUUCAUGACGCCCCUCCGCGCGUCGAGCGGCGCUCGUAUCCCCGCUCAGAUGGACUAAAGAGCGAUCCGCGAGGAUGGAGAGCGUUAAACUGAAGAAAAGCGGCGCUCCGAGUGCGGCCUUGAGAUCCGCGGCCGAUGAAGAAGACGACGAAGGCCAGGGAGCGUCGAAGCCGCGUCAGAACCGGAGCCCCGCCGAUCUGAGGAAGAGGAGGGUGAGGAGGCACGCGUCUCUGGACCGGCAGAGACACCGAGCCGCUGCUCCGCUGCAGCUGUGCGACCGGCAGUGGGUCCGCCAGGACCUGCGCCGCGGCUCCGUUCACGUCCAUGACCGGCUGACGGUGCGGUCGCUCCCGCCGCGGCUCGUGCUGUGCACUGCGGACUGCACCGCGGCCGAGAUCGCGCAGCGCCUGAGCGGCAAACCGGGCUCGGUCCUGAGGCUCACCGCCAAGACGGACGUGAACGGGAACUGCGACGGCGACCGGCUGCGGCUGCUGCUGCUGGAGAAGGAGCACCGGUUCCAGUACGACAUCUGCACCGAGCCCCAGGACGAGGACUCCGUCAAACGGUCCGCGGGCUCCGAUGUGGAGAGCAGCAGCGACCUGAGCUCCGGGGCCCGGUUCAGCCGGCACCGGGACUCGCUCAGCGACGACAUGACCCUGGGUACCGACGCUUCGGCGCUCGAGAGCCUGGACGCGUACGGCAGCUCCUCGGACGAGCUGGAGCUGGACUGUCCGGUAACGGAUGGAGCCGAGGCGGGUCCCGCCGGUGACUGGGACUCCGGACCGGCGCUGUACGUUCAGCUGCACGGCGAGGCGGCGCGGCGCCUGGGGCCCGAGGAGAGGCCCCUGCAGCUCCAGAACGACUUUCUCUUUAAGCUGGGAUUUAAGGAUCCGUGGCGGGUUCAGGAGGAGGGCAUGAACACCGAGCUGGGCUCGCUGCUGCGCUUCUACGCAGGAAAACCUCACAGCAUCGAGAGCUCUGAGCGCAUCCAGCUCUCCGGAACGUAUAACGUACGGAAAGGAAAGCUGCAGCUGCCGGUGAACCGCUGGAGUCGACGGCAGGUGAUUUUAUGUGGCACUUGUCUGAUGGUGUCCUCAGUGAAGGCCAGCCAUACGGGCAAGAUGCACAUCCUGCCACUGAUCGGAGGAAAGGUAAUGAACUCACAUGUGGUGUCUCAGAGGAUCAGCUCGGUGGAUCUGUCCUGCUGUAGUCUGGAGAAGCUGCCGUCUAAUCUGCUGUACAGUCAGGAUCUGACGCACCUCAACCUCAAGCACAACUUCCUUCCUGCUGACCAGACGCUGCUGCAGCUGCAGAGAUUCUCCCGCCUGCGGAGCCUCAAUCUCUCUCAUAAUCAGCUGGGGAGUUUCCCGCUGCCCAUCUGCUCCAUCAGCACACUGACGGAGGUCAACCUCAGCUGCAACCUCCUGACCUCCAUCCACCCCGACCUGGCCAACAUGAGCCAAUUCUCCCGCCUGCGGAGCCUCAAUCUCUCUCAUAAUCAGCUGGGGAGUUUCCCGCUGCCCAUCUGCUCCAUCAGCACACUGACGGAGGUCAACCUCAGCUGCAACCUCCUGACCUCCAUCCACCCCGACCUGGCCAACAUGAGCCAAUGGGUGAAGUGUCUGUCAUGUGUGUGCAGUGAAUGCAGUGAGUUGUUUCUCCGUCUCAUCAGUCUGAAUCAGAUCUCCUCUGUGCUGCCGGACGAGCCAGAGUUUCUGCAUCACGUGACGCAGCUGGAUGUGAGAGACAACCGUCUGAGUGAGCUGGACGCGUCUGUCUUCCCGCGGCUGGAGGUGCUGCACUGUCAGAGGAACCGCAUCAGGCGUCUGCGUCUGCGUGGCUGUGCGCUCAAGGCUCUCUACGCCUCCAGCAACGAGCUGCAGGAGCUAGACCUGAGUCCCGCCGCCGCCAGCCUCACACACGUGGACAUCUCCAGGAACCUCAUGAAGGCUCUUCCUGAUUGGCUGAGUGACAGCAGGAAGCUGGAGGUUCUAGACGUCAGUCACAAUCACAUCGCUGAGCUUCCUCCGUGGCUGCUGUGCAGUGCGAGUCUGAGGAAGAUCCUGGCAGGUCAUAACCAGCUGAAGCGUCUGCCGGAGCGUGUGGAGCGUCCUUUGUUUUCAGUGGAGGUGCUAGACCUGCAGCACAAUCAGCUCAUCCAGCUUCCCUGCAACCUCUUCCUCAAAUCAGAGAGUUUGAGGUGUCUGAACGCAUCAGCUAAUAAGCUGGAGAAUCUGCCGGCAUCCAGCCUUUCAGAGGACAGCAGCAGCGUCCUGCAGGAGCUUUACCUGACCAACAACUACCUGACCGACAGGUGUGUGCCGCAGCUAACGGGACACACACACCUGAGGAUCCUGCACAUGGCCUACAAUCACCUGCAGACCUUCCCAGCCAGUAAAAUGGCCAAGCUGGAGGAGCUGGAGGAGCUGGACCUGAGUGGGAACAGGCUGAAGGCGGUGCCAACCACCAUCAUGAACUGCAGACGCAUGCACACACUAGCAGCUCACUCCAACUGCAUCGAGGUGUUCCCCGAAGUCCUGCAGCUCACCGAGAUGAAGUGUGUGGAUCUGAGCUGUAACGAGCUGAGUGAGAUCACUUUACCUGACAGUCUACCUCCUAAACUCCAAGAGCUGGAUCUGACGGGAAACCUGCGGCUGAAUCUGGACCACAAGACCCUCGAGCAGCUCAAUAACAUCCGCUGUUUCCGGAUAGACCCGCCCCCUUCCUCGUUCUCAGCCAAUGAGGCGGCAGGAGGGCCGGCUGUCUGGAGUCACGGCUUCACCGAAGCCUCGGGCGUCAAAAACAAACUGUGUGUGGCGGCUCUGUCGGUGAACAGCUUCUGCAGCAGCAGAGAGGCUCUGUACGGCGUGUUUGACGGAGACAGGAACGUGGAGGUGCCGUAUUUACUGCAGUGCACCAUGAACGACAUACUGGCCGAGGAGCUCCACAGGACCAAGAGCGAGGAAGACUACAUGACCAACACCUUCCUCGUCAUGCAGAGGAAGUUGGGCACAGCAGGGCAGAAGCUGGGCGGUUCGGCGGCGCUCUGUCACAUCCGGCACGACCCCACUGACCCCGCCGGCUGCUUCACCCUCACCGCCGCUAAUGUGGGCAAGUGUCAGGCGGUGCUGUGCCGCGACGGCAAGGCGCUGCCGCUGUCACUGCUGCACAACAUCAGCAUCAAGGAGGAACACAACCGCGUGCAGCAGCAUAAAGCCAUCAUCACUGAGGACAACAAAGUGAACGGCGUAACAGACUCCACACGCAUCAUGGGCUAUUCGUUCCUCUACCCGGCGGUCUUGCCUCGCCCGUAUGUCACCACGCUCCCGCUGACCCCCAGAGAUGAGUUCUUCAUCCUGGGCAGCAGAGGUCUGUUUGAAGUCUUGGACCCUAGCGAGGCGGUGGAAGCCGUACGGAAGGUGCCCGAUGCGCUGGCGGCCGCCAAGAAGCUGUGCACGCUGGCGCAGUCGUACGGCUGCACCGAUAGCCUCAGUGCCGUGGUGGUGCAGCUCAACGUAGCGGAAGACUGUUGUUGUUGCUGUUGUGCGGCGUCUGCGGAGCCCGGCUCCGGAAGCAUGCAUGCGCCGCCGAGCCCCGGACUGUUCCCGGCCUCCUCCGCCGGCGUGCCUCCGUCCUCCUGCAGCGAGAUCAGCUCCGAGGUCAGUGCGUCCGAGAUGAGCUCCGAAGUGGGAUCCACCGCGUCCUCGGACGAGCCGCCGCUCCUGCUGCAGGAGGCGCAGCUCCACCUUCAUCCGCAGAGCCACCCCAACCCGCGCCUCCCCUGCUGCUCGCUCCACCUCACUCCCAACUCCGGAAGCUCCUUCCAGAGGCAGCUUUCCAGCGCCACCUUCUCCAGCGCGCUCUCGGACAACGGCUUGGACAGCGAGGACGAGGAGCCCAUCGCCGGAGUCUUCUCCAACGGCAGUCGGGUGGAAGUGGAGGCUGACGUGCACUGUCUGCUACCCCUGCCUCCACCUCCUCCACCCUGCACCCCAGAAACCCCGGAGAAGCUUCCGGAGGAGGCUGGGAACCUUGCGGGAGCGGAUGCUUGGAGCAAGACCUUGGGGAGGCAGAGGGGAAACGGCUCGGUGGCACCGCAGGAGCAGAGCCACAACUUGAUUGAAGUGGCGACUGAAGCUCCUUCUAAGAAACCUGGGGGUUACUUCACGGCGCCGGCUCAGCCCGACCCCGACGACCAGUUCAUCAUCCCUCCGGAGCUGGAGGAGGAGGUGAAGGAGAUCAUGAAACAACAUCAGCAGGACCAACAGAAGCCGGCUAAUAGCGAGAGACCUGCGGACUACUACGACACGCCGCUCUGAAGCAGGCGCUGCAUUCUGUCAUCAUCUACUCAUCCUGAUCUUGUUGGCUUUAAUCCACAGUUCUUGAACGUAGGGCUGGGCGAUAUAGCAAAAAGUUUUUUUUCAGAACGUUUGACCGAUUCAAGAUA